UAAGGUAGAUAAUUUUGAAGUAAUUGAAGGAAAUUUUGACAACAUAAAUACUCAGUUUAUUAUCCAUAGAUUACAGGAAACCUAUAAGAAAGGUCAACCGUGAGUCGAUUUCAAAGGAAUUAACUUAAAAAAACUAUGUGAUUUUCCGCCCUGCCAAAAUUCGUAACUUGAUUUUUGAGCACCUCAUCUGCAAACUGCAAAUAAUUUACAAAAUGUACACACACACACACUGACAAUAAGUUGUAAUAGCAGUAAUUACAAUUAAGCUUACAUUGCAUAUGUAAGUCUAAACACAGUAGUUGCAUAGUGAAAUAGAGUUAACUAAGUAAUUGUAUCUAUCCAACCUCCACCCAUCAGUCGCUCGCGGCCCGGCCUUAUAGACGCACGUAUAAGUCCGAUUAAAAAAAAAAAACUUAAAAAAGAUAUUUUGAUAUUCGGUGUUGUGUGUGUAGUGUUUGCAUAGUGUGAAUAAAUUGGAUAUUUAUUUUUUCUGUUGUAUUGGCACAAAUGCAAUAACGCACAAUGACGGACCUGGGUCUAAAGCUGCCCACGCGCAACGUGCUCACUGGCGCCAUCGUCAACUGGGAGGAAGAUGAGGAACUAUCGACUCUUAGCGACAACCCUGGGAACCUCACCUUGGCAUGGAAAGAUCUCUCGGUUUACAGGAGGAAGAAACAUCAGACCAGCAUCUGGUCGUCGCCGAUAUAUGAAGAAGUCAAGGUUUUACAUGGAGUUAGCGGCGUGCUGUCUUCCGGAAACUUAGUAGCUUUAAUGGGUUCCAGUGGAGCCGGCAAAACCACACUCCUCGCGGCGAUAAGUCGUCGUGACAAGAGUGCGAUGACAGGAUACCUGAUGCUUAACGGAAGGCUGGCGGGGGCUGAUCUUAUAGCCAAGAUAUCCGGCUUUGUGCCUCAGGAGGACUUGGCUAUUGACGACCUUACAGUCACUGAACAUAUGGAAUUCAUGGCUCGCCUCAUGAUGGAUAAGCGAUCAUCAUCUGCAGUGAGAACUAGAAGAAUCCACCAGCUACUUGAAGAGUUAGGGGUCGUCAACUGCAACAGGACCAAGCUGAAGGCACUGUCGGGGGGAGAGAGGAAGCGAGUCGCUUUGGCUGUUCAGCUUCUAAACGACCCGCCGAUCCUCUUCUGCGACGAGCCAACCACCGGCCUCGACAGCUGGGCAGCCAACGCCGUAGUAGCAAGGCUACGAAGGCUGGCCGCUGGUGGAAAGCUAGUAAUAUGCUCAGUUCACCAACCGGCUUCGGGAACAUUCGAAUUGUUUCAUCAAGUGGUCUUAUUGGCUGCGGGAAGAACGGCGUUUCAUGGGACGAUUGAGCAAGCUGAUCACUUCUUUGCUUCGCUAGGCUACAAAUGUCCCGUAGGCUUCAACGCAGCAGAAUACUAUGUCUCCCUACUCGGGAUCCAACUUGACAAGGAGUUCGAAAGCCGAGACCGCAUACGGAAGAUUUGCGAUGAAUACCAGAGGUCGGACAUCGCAGCGGAGAUUGACGCUAAAGUCGGAGAUGUGACGGACGAGCUAGACUAUUUUAAUGGCACUUUAGAUGGAAAGAAUGAUUAUUUCGACAGAUAUGUCACUCUAGUCAAAGUAAACUAUUUCGUUCAGUUCUACUGGCUGAUGUGGAGGAACAUUCAAACAAUAAAGCACAACAGUUCAAUAUGGAUAGCAGAAUUCGUACUUCUCUUGUUCGUCGGCCUAAUUAUAUCCAUUCCCUACAUGGGCCACUUCGAGGAGCUGGAUCAGCGCGACAUCCAAAACGUAGAGGGGCUGCUGUACCUGACCAUCACGGAGACCAUCUUCCUGUUCAUCUACGCCGUCUUCAUCACCUUCCCCAGUGAAGUGCCGAUCUUGCUGAGAGAAACUGCGAGUGGACUGUACUCGCCGACGCCUUAUUAUCUUUCGAAGAUGAUAUUUUGGAUACCUCGUGCCGUGAUCGAGCCAACGCUAUUCGCGACUCUAGUCUUUUGCGUGGCCGGGCUACAUGGAGGGUUCAUGGGCUGGCUGGGCUUCUGCUUCGUGUGUGUUCUCUGUGCCAAUUACGCUAACGCUUACGGUUCGUUCCUCUCAGCCGUGUUCGACAAGAUGGAGACUGCAGCUUUAGUCGCAGUACCUUUCGACCUGAUCGGCACCAUGUUCUCCGGCAUCUACCUGAACCUCGGUAGCGCCUCCCCCUACUUCUCCUGGCUUCGAUUCGUCUCCGGUUUCUACUACGGCGUCGAAUCCAUCUCCAUCCUCCAAUGGGAUUCUAUAGAGUCAAUCACUUGUGUUAACAUCCCUGGAAUACCUUGCAUCAAGACUGGCCCGGAGGUCUUAAAUAGGUUCGGAUUUGAAGAGGUCAACUUUUGGAGGAACUGCGUAUGUUUGUGUGUGAUGUAUUGUAUAGCGCAUUUUAUAGCUUAUCUUAUGGUUAUUAAGAGGAGUAGGGGAACACCUGUGUACUAAUUUAAGUAUUUAAUAGAAUUUUUGAAUGUUUUCUCAUAAAAGUUGAUGUCUCUAGAAGUCGUCGUAAAAGCCCUUUUGGCAAGAAAUUGUUUUAUAUAGAUCUGAAGGAAUAAGCAAGGCGAUAUAUCAAAUUUCGGCCAAAAAUUACUUUAGUGACAUUCGCUAAGAGAUACAUAGUAAAACAGAAAUGGGUUUUUGUAAUAAAAGGUUGAGGGUGGCAAGAGAAACAUUUUAUUUAUUA